CCCACUGAACCCCUCCCCCCAACUAGCAACUUACCACCAUUAUAAGAAUACAUAUAUGUAUGUAAUUUGUACUCCUAUAUCCUAAGAUUAUACAUAUGUUAUACACAGUGUCUAGUUGAACCUAUAUUCAAAGGUGCACUUGUUUACAGAUUGUCACAUUGGGUCAUUGACACAGUACCAACUAGAGGAUAAAAAGUGUGUGUGUGUGUGUAAAUGAGAAAGGGAGAGCAAGAAAGGAAUGGGGUGAGAGAAAAUGAAGCAGCUGAGUUGGUUUUGACAAUCACAGCUGCUAAUUAGGCUUCUGGUAUUCAUUCAGAUUUCUGUGUUCUUGGGUUGCUUUUGAUGCACAGGCAUUGAAACUUUUAAGUUGAAAAGUAAUUGGAGCUGCACCUCUGGUUUGUGCUUGGCAGACCCCAGAGGCACAAAACAGGGGCUUGGUAGUUGAGCAGUUUAAAGUUUGAUAUUGGCCUGGGAUCCAUCAUUUCUAUUACUGGUAUAAAAUUCCAAGGAUAAAUCCAGUAGUUUUCUUGUUCUUUGCUGGAGUCAUGGCAACCUUGAAACAUUCGGACUCCAGGCGCAAGUACUCUUGGUGGUGGGAUAGUCAUAUCCCAAAGAACUCAAAAUGGCUUCAAGAGAAUCUUACUGAAAUGGAUUCUAAAGUGAAGGCAAUGAUCAAGCUCAUCGAAGAAGAUGCUGAUUCAUUCGCAAGAAGGGCUGAAAUGUACUACAAGAAAAGGCCCGAGCUAAUGAAAUUAGUCGAGGAGUUUUACAGGGCAUACCGAGCAUUAGCUGAAAGAUAUGACCAUGUAACGGGCGAGCUUAAGCAGGCCCAAAAAACCAUGUCAGAGGCAUUUCCCAAUGAAGUACCCUUUCUUCUUGAAGAUUCGCCAGUGAGAUUUUCAACACAGGAGGCAGAGCCACAUACUCCUGAAGGGUUGCGCCCUACUCAUGCUUUGCCAGAUACAGGUGACUUGAAUCAGCAUGCGGUGGGGUUACUGCUAUCAAGAAUGUAUGCUGUAAAGAAGAGUGGAGAUUCUGAUAAGGGAACAAGUGAGUGGGGUCUAAAACAGUUGUGUGAGAUGCUUGGGGCUGGAGAAGAAAUGCUAAAGAAUUCAAAGUUCCUUGAGGGAACAUUGAAAAAAGGUUUGGACUGCAAUUCAGAGGAAAAAGUACAAAGUUUGCAUUCUCAAGUAUCUGAAUUAUCAAAUGAGAAUCAAGACCUCAAGGCCAAAGUUGACGCCGAAUCAGAGCGUGCAGGUCAAGCUGAAGGGGAAAUUCAAAUGCUGAAAGAAGCCCUAGCUGGUGUGGAGGCGGAAAAAGAAACUACAUUCCUGCAAUAUCAGCAAUGCCUGGAAAAGUUGUCUGCUGUAGAGAGGGAUCUCAGUACUGCACAGAAGGACUCCUUUAAGUUCAAUGAACGGGCUAGUGAAGCUGGAAAUGAAGUUCAGAAGUUGAGGGAAUCCCUUAUCAAACUGGAGGCUGAAAGAGAUGCUGCUUUGAGCAAACACAAGGAGUAUCUGGAACGGAUAUCUAGUUUGGAAGAUAAGGCUUCUCAAGCACUUAAAGACACAAAAGGAGUAAACGAGCGAGCAAUUAAGGCAGAAACCGAAACUCAGCAUCUGAGGAAUGAGAUCUGUAAAUUAGAGUCUGAAAAAGACUGUUGUUUUCAUCAGUAUAAACAAUGCUUGGAAAAGAUUUCUGAACUGGAGAAAAAACUCUUGGCGUCUCAGGAAGAAUCCAGACUUCUUAGUGAGAAAGCUGAUAGAGCUGAAAUUGAGAUCAAGAAACUGAAAAGGUUGGUUAUGGAGCUAACUGAGGAGAAAGAAGCCUCAGUCCGUGAGUAUAAAAACUGUCUGCAGAAAAUAUCCAAACUUGAGCAUGAACUAUUAUGUGCACAAGAGGAUGUAAAACGCCUUACUGGUGAGCUUUCGGCGGGCGCUGCUAGGCUUAGAAAUGCCGAAGAGAAGUGUGUUCUGCUCGAGACAUCAAAUCAGUCAUUGCACUCUGAGGCAGAUAGCUUGGCGACGAAGAUAACUAUGAAAGAUGAAGAGCUUUCUCAGAAGCAAAGGGAGCUGGAGAAACUUCAAAGUGAUUUGCAAUAUGAGCACUUAAGACAAGCCCAAAUUGAAGCCACACUUUUGGCUUUGCAAAAUUUGCACUCUCAAUCUCAAGAGGAGCAGAGAGCUCUGGCCUUGGAGCUCAAAAAUGGCCUUCAACUGUUGAAGGACAUGGAAACAAGCAAAAAUAGUCUGGAAGAUGAACUUCGGAGAGUGAAGGAUGAAAACCAAAGCUUGAGUGAACUGAAAUUGUCCUCAACCAUCUCGUUUGAGAAUCUGGAAAAUGAAAUCCUUAGCCUGAGGAAGAUGAAAAUGAGACUUGAAGAGGAGGUUGCAGAACAAGUGGGACUUAAUAACAACCUUCAGCAAGACAUUUCAUGUUUGAAGGAGGAAAUCAAGGGCCUAAACAGGAGCUACCAGGCUUUGGUGGAGCAAGUGAAUGGUGCAGGUUUAAAUCCUGAGUGUAUUGAGUCUUCAAUAAAGAGCUUGCAGGAACAAAGCUCAGAGCUGAGAAUAAUCUCUGAGAAGGACAAAGUAGAGAAAGAAGUCCUUCACAAAAAGCUGGAGGAUAUGGAUGAACUUCUGAGAAAGAAGGCUGUUUUGGAGAGUUCCCUGUCCGAUGUGAAUGGGGAAUUGCAGGGAUCGCAGGAAAAGGUGAAAGCGCUGCAAGAGUCUUGCCAAAUUCUCGAUGGAGAAAAAUCGACCCUCGUUGCUGAGAAAUCCGCUUUGCUAUCUCAGUUGCAAAUUAUAACUGAGAGCAUGCAGAAACUCCUAGAGAAAAAUGCUGUUCUUGAGAACUCUCUUUUUGGUGCAAAAGUUGAACUGGAAGGUCUCAGGGAAAAAUCCAAGGGUUUAGAAGAAAUCUGCCAAUUGCUGAAGAAUGAGAAGUCCAAUCUUCUUGCUGAAAGAGGUAGCCUAGCUCUUCAGUUAGAAAGCGUUGAACGGAGACUAGAAUACCUGGAAUCAAGAUUUACAGGAUUGGAAGAAAAAUAUGCUUGCCUGGAGAAGGACAAAAAAGCAACUAGCUUAGAAGUAGAAGAACUAAGAGCUGCAGUUGGAAUGGAGAAACAAGAAAGGGCCAAAUUUUCUCAUCAGAGUGUGACCCGAUUAAUUAGUAUGGAAAACCAUAUUCAUCUCCUACAAGAAGAAAGUAAGUGGAGGAACAAAGAAUUUGAAGAGGAGCUCGACAGAGCUGUGAAAGCCCAGUGUGAAAUUUUCAUCCUGCAGAAAUUCAUACAAGACAUGGAAGAAAAGAAUUAUACUUUGUUGGUUGAGUGUCAGAAACAUGUUGAGGCGUCAAAAUUGGCUGACAAGCUGAUUACAGAGUUAGAGAAUGAGAGCCUUGAGCAGCAGGUCGAAGCAGAGCUUUUGCUAGACGAAAUUGAAAGGCUGAGACUGGGGAUAUAUCAGGUUUUCAAGGCCCUUGACAAUGAAUCUUAUUUUGUAUCUGAAGAUAAGGUCGAAAAUGAACAAAGUUUUCUGCAUCAUAUUUUGGGCAAUAUCGAGGAUCUAAAAUGUUCGCUCGGAGAAUGCGAGGAUGAUAAGCAGCAGGUGUUGGUUGAAAACUCUGUUCUCCUAACUCUACUUGCACAGCUGAAAUCAGAGGCCCUGGAACUUGAGUCGGCGAAGAAAUCUGUAGAGGAGGAGUUCAAUGUCAUGGCGGAGAAGCUUGUCACAGUGCAGAAAGACAAUCAUGAACUCCUAGAGAUGAAUAAGAAGUUGGGACUUGAAGUGAGCAGGGGCAGUCAACUAACAGCUGUACUUGAUGCAGAAGUUGGGAGUCUGUCCGUCAAGCAUGAUCAGUUGCAGACAGCUUAUGUUGAAUUAAAAAAGAAAUACUCUCAAGUUCUUGAGGAGAACAGAACUUUGUUGCAAACAAUCACAGAGAUCAGGGAGGAGAAAUGGACGGUGGAGCAGGAAAAUGAUACCGUUUUACUCGAUAGUAUAGCUCUUAGCAAUCUCUCAACAGUUUUGAUGAGUAUUGGUAGUGAGAAAACUGCCGAGCUGAAGUCAGUAUGUGAAGAUAUGCACAAUCUUUAUGGUGUAAUUAGUGACUUUGAUAAGGAGAUGGGCAUAUUGAAGGAGAAGCUGGAAAGGAAGGAAACUGAAAACUUACUCCUCAAGGAAUCAGUUCAAAGACUAGAAGAGGAGCUCCAUGAAGUCAGGGAAUCUAACGGUCAUUUGAAGUUGGAACUUUCCACUGGAAAAGAAUUAUUUGAUAAGCAGGAAGCAGGGCUCUUGGAAGCCAAUCAGAAGCUUAUAACAUCUGAGAAUUUGAACUCAGAAUUGUGUAGGACUCUGGAUGCACUAAAAACUGACCGUCAAGAAUCCAUGCAGACAAAUGAAAUUCUAGAAAAGAAGAUAGUUGAAAUAUCAAAUACAAAUACUACUCAAAGCCAAGAAAUUGAAGUCCUUCGGGAAGUGAAUAUGAACUUGGUAGCUGAACUGGGUAAGUUGCAUGAAGAAAUUGAAGCGCAACGAAUGCGAGAAGAAUAUUUAAGUUCGGAGCUCCAAGAGAAGAACUAUGAAUUUGAACUAUGGGAAGUAGAGGCAGCAACCUUCUAUUUUGAUCUCCAGAUCUCCUCUGUUCGCGAAGUACUGCUGGAAAACAAAAUGAAUGAGUUGACUGAGGUGUGCGAGAGACUCGAGGAUAAAAAUGCUUCCAAAGAUUUGGAGAUUGAACGGAUGAAAGGAAAAAUUAAUUUGAUGCAGAGUGAAAUUGGAGAACUGAAGUCUCAGUUACAUGCACAUGCUCCUGUAAUUGCUUCUCUGAGGGAUGACGUUGUUUCACUUGAGCAUAAUGCUCUUCUCCUCAUGAAAGUUAAUCUAGCUGGCUCUCAGGAAUCAAAGUGUGUUGAAGUUGAGGUUCAUUCAGAUCAAGUUAGCUCCAACAAGCUGACAGAUGGUCAAUCCAUCGUGCCAAAAGGUGUUUUUGAUUUGCAGGAGUUGAGGACUAGGAUUAAAUCAGUUGAGAAAGUAGUGGAAGAUAUGAACAAGCCUAUUUUGCAUCAACCGUUACCCAUCAAGGCUGUCCGAGAUAGUACUGCUAGUGAAAUUGAGGUAUUAAAAUCUCAGCACACUCCGGAUCGAGAGAAACACGAGCUUGCAGGAAGGAGGGGUCAUCAGAAUGAGCAUGGUGAUGACCGUAAUCGACGUAAAGCAAAGCCUAAGUCCUUUGAAGUAAAAAAUGGGACGCUAAUGAAAGAUAUACCACUUGAUCAUGUCUCUGAUAGCUCACCGGAAAGAAUUAGAAGAGCUACUUCUGCGGCAGAGAGAGUGGAUGAUCAGAUGCUUGAGCUGUGGGAAUCUGCAGAAGGCAGCAGCCUCAGUCGUAGCAUGAAGGAUUUUAAGAAGCGGGCAAAUCAUCCAACAGAGGGGCCUACCUCGAACAAUCAAUUCAGGAAUUUGGAUUGGAGGGGCAAACAUCCACCUACAGAGUCAGAAGUGGAGAAGGAGUUGGGUGUGGACAAGUUAGAGUUAUCAAUGAACUCGUCCGAGGCAAAUCAAGAAAUGAACAAGAAGAUUCUCCAGCGACUUGCUUCUGAUGCAGAGAAAUUGAUGAGUCUUCAGAUGACUGUUGAUAACCUGAGAAGAAAGUUGGAGUCAAACAGAAAGGCCAGAAAGCCCAAAAAUGUCGAUUUUGAAACAGUUAAGGAGCAGCUACAAGAAGUUGAGGAGACGGUCGUACAGCUGGUGAAUUUGAAUAGCCAAUUGAUGAAGAGUACAGAGGAAAGUAGCUCAUAUUCUACGGGAAGUGCUUCAGCAGACUCGAAAGAGGUGAUGAAUAUCUGUCAGAAGAGAGUUUCAGAACAGGCAAGAAAGGGGUCUGAGAAGAUUGGACGGCUGCAGCUAGAGAUUCAGAAAAUUCAGUACAUUUUGCUGAAACUGGACGACGAAAAGAAAAGCAAAGCCAGGAGCAGAUUUUCCAGGAGCAACACAGGGAUCAUACUGAAGAACUUCAUCCAUAUCGGGAGGAGGAACAGUGAGAAGAAAAAGAAGGGUCAUCUUUGUUGCUCUAGACCUUCCGGUAGUAGCAGCAGCAGUAACAGCAACAUCAGAUAUCGCGUCUAAUGGUUCUAACCUUACUAUUCUGAUCAUUUCUUCUGUGUCAGAGAGAAACUGAUCGUUGUCUAGUUUUAGAAGAAGCGUUAAGAGUUUGAAUGGACCUAAUUCCAAAAUAAGCUUGGUCAUGGAUACUAUUUUGAUUAUUCAGACUUUUAACUGUAAUGAAUUUUAGCAGUGGUUUGUAAUUCUUAUGUUUGUGAAAUUCUCGAGGGUUAUAGGUGUUUGUAUGGAGCCAGUAUGCUUCAGCUUGUGCAUGCAGAUUUCUGCUAAAUCCUUAUUAUGCAAGCCUAUUAACUAA